UCUUAACAGUAAGCCCUAAAUUCCUUUUCAGCACGGAAUGUUAUAACAUAUAUAUAUCUCUAGAUUUCUGGUUAUUGACUAGCCCUGUCAAAGAGGCAUAGAGAUCCAGGAGAAAAUAAAUUUGUCCAAAAACAAGAAUACCAAACUCCUGCCCUCCUCCUUUGGAAGUCUUACCACGAUGACGACGUUGAAGUUGAGUGGAUUCUGCGACUGUGAAGGAUGCUGGCGUAAGGUGAAUGAUGCUCUCUCCGGUAUCAAAGGGAUUAAAGGGAGAUUAACAGACAAAAAGAAGUUCCUUGUCGCUGUCACUGGCGCUGUGGACACUGAAGCCUUGAAAGCAAGAUUGGCUAAGAUAAGAAAGGGUGUCAAGGUUGAGGUUAUAUUCCAAGGUGACGGGGAAAAGAAGGAAGAAGAAAAGAAGCCAAAAGAGGAAGCUAAUUUUAAUGGGCCCUAUGAUGAUCCCCAACCCAAUGCUUAUUUUAAUGGGCCUUAUAAUGAUCCCCAACCCCAAGGUCUUGCCGAUGGUAGUGGGCUCUAUAAUGAUCCCCAACCCUAUGCUUAUUUUAAUGGGUCCUAUAAUGAUCCCCGACUCCUCGGUCUUGCUGAUGGUAGUGGGCUCUAUAAUGAUCCCCAACCCUAUACUUAUUUUAAUGGGUCCUAUAACGAUCCCCAACCCCUAGGUCUUGCUGAUGGUAGUGGACCCUAUAAUGAUGCCGAAGCUGGUCCAUCCAAUAGAGGGGGAAAUAGUACUGAGCCCAUGGGUGAACAGAACUUAGAACACGAGCUUGCAAGAUAUCUGUGUGAUUAUGGGCUUGACUAUGGCCCACACUUUCCUUUUGGCAAAGAUGUCGUCCCACCCUAUGUUUAUUUUAAUGGGUCCUAUAAUGAUCCCCAACCCCCAGGUCUUGCUGAUGGUAGUGGGUCCUAUAAUAAUCCCCCACCCCAAGGUCUUGUUAAUGGUAGUGGGCCCUAUAGUUAUCCCCCGGCCCAAGACCAAGCUCAUGGUAACGGGCCCUAUAAUUAUCACCCAUCGCAAGACUUUGCUGAUGAAAUUUCCAAUGCAUGUUCUAUUAUGUGAGCUAUUCAUUCAAAAAGAAAUAAAAAUCUACUACAAUAAGAAGAUAGUGGAUGGUAUUAGAGUUUUUUUUUUUUUUUUGAAUUUAUAUGUUUUAAUAAGAUACCCUGAAUUAAAUGUUAUUUUCUUUUUAUGGAA